GCUAGUAAGAUAAGCAAUAAUGAAUUAGCGAGGUUAAUGGCUACUCUUUACCAAGAAAAUAAAAAGCAAUUAUACUUGAUAAAAGAAGAAAUAAUUAAAAACGAACUAGAAUUAAAAAAAGCAAGAGAAGAAAAUAAACUUUAUAAAAAUUUAGAAAUUGAAAAUGAGGGAAUUAAAAAGCGAUUAAGAGAAUUACCCAAAAUAAUAAACGGGGAAGGGGAAAAAGAACCGUCAAAUCAGACUGUUCCUGUCACUCCUCUUGUUCCUCCAACCCCAACUACUUUGGUUGAAGAAAAUUAUCAAUCAGAAUUAACUGCUCGUCAAGAAGCCGAAAGAGCAAGAGACGAAAAUCUAGUAAUAAUUAAUAGUGCUCAAAAAUAUUUGGAAAGUGAUGGACUAAUUGACGAGGAAACUGGUUUAGAUAUUUUUGAUGAAAACGAAAAUGGUUGUUUAAUUGUUAAUCAAGAUAAAGUAAAUGCCUAUAAGGAAGCCAAAAUUGCAGCAAAUUUUGGGGACGAAAUUCAGCAGCAACUAAUCGCCAAAAUUUCUUCUGAUUGCAAAUUGACAACAGAGGAAGAAAGCACGGAACUAGCAGUGGAAGAAUUAAUUAGCCGUAUUCAAAAAUUAAUUGAAGAAGGCAGAGAUUUAACCCAACAACUCGACCAGGAAAAGUCUACUAAUGCUAAUCUCCAAGACCAAAUCAACCAAUUAACCCAAGAUAAAAAUAAUUUUCAAAAUCAAUUGGCAGAAGCCAAAAAGGCCGAAAAAAAUAAAGUCUUAAAUAUAAGCAUUAUGACUAAUGCCCAAGAAUGGCUAAAUGCCAAUAUUCCCCUAAAUCAAAGAGUUAACCUUAGAAAAUUACUAAUUUGUUCGGCAGCCCGCCAAAGAGAACAAAAUUUAGGCCAUGAAUUCGGACAUUUGUACGAACACAUAACUGACCGUUAUUAUUUAGAAACUUCCUUGACAGGAACUAUGGAUUUAUCGACUUUUCCUCAUUUAGAAGAAAUAAUAGUGGAAGCUCCUGCAUUAGAAGAAAUUUUUUUAAGAAAUAAUAAUUUUCGGCAGCAAAAUUUAUCUAGUUUUACUCGUUUUACACAACUAAAAAGGCUGUUUUUGGGAACUGAUGACAGUCGAACACAAGCCGGAGUAAAUGAUUUAAAGGCCGAAAUAGAAGAAUAUCUGGAAUUAGAAGCAGCCGUAGAAAAAAGCCAAGCCACACCCGAAACCCCCGCCGCCGAAAAGUCGCUGUCCGAACCGACCCCUGCUGUGGACCAAAGCCCCGAAACGAACCAAGACUCCGAAUUAGAAAGCCUGAAAAAACAGGUCGCUAAACUAGAAAAUGAUAAAUUGCUGUUAGCCGCCGAACUAAAAAAUGCCCAAAAUAAUUUCCAACGGCAAAUGGAGCAAGUAUACAAAUACAGUAAUAAAAGAUUAGUCAGUUGGGUGCUGGCUUUUCUAGUUGAUUUAGAGGAAAAGGCCCUCGAAAGUAAACCAAUAAGUAACAAAAUCAUCGGUAUCGACUUGGGAACAACUAAUUCCUGUGUCGCCGUUAUAGAUGGAAAAGAGCAACGAGUGUUAGAAAACCCCCAAGGAGACAGAAUUACUCCUUCUGUACAAAGGAUUAUAAUUGGUAAGAAUGCCAAAGGCCAAGCCGAAGUUAAUCCGGAAGUGAUAACUUCGAUUAAGAGUGUGAUGGGCCAAAGAGUAAAAAAAACUCUCGGUGGGAAAGACUACACACCCGAGCAAAUUUCGGCCGAAAUUUUGCGUUAUUUAGUAAGUUACGCCGAGGACAAAUUAGGCAAAAAAAUCACUCGGGCAGUAAUUACGGUGCCGGCUUACUUUAAUGAUAGCCAACGCCAAGCCACCAAAGAUGCCGGAAAAAUUGCUGGUUUGACUGUGGAAAGAAUUAUCAACGAGCCAACAGCCGCCGCUUUAGCCUACGGAUUAGAUAAGGCAGAAAGAGAACAAACUAUCUUUGUUUACGACCUCGGAGGAGGAACUUUUGAUGUUUCUAUUCUCCAAAUUUCCAAGAGCGGUGAGGGAGAUAUUUUUGAAACUAUUGCCACUGCCGGAAUUAAGGAUUUAGGAGGAGAUGAUUUUGACCAAAAAAUUGUUGAUUAUGUGGUUCAGGAAGUAAAGAAAGAAAGGAAAAUUGAUUUACUGUCCGAAGGGGAAACUGAAAAUGAUAGAAAAAUAAUUAAACAACGAUUACGAGAAGAAGCCGAAAAAGCCAAAAAAACGUUGUCAAGCAGUUUAGAGGCCACAAUUUCCCUUCCUUAUAUUAUUCCACCGACUGGAGGUCGGUCACCCCACGUGGAAGUAAAAAUCACUCGGGCCAAGUUUGAAGCCUUAACCAAAGAUUAUAUGGAAAGGACCAUGAAACAGGUCGACCAAGCUAUCCAAGCGGCUGAAAAGAAAUUAGGCCGAAGUUUGGCUAUCGACCAAAUAAUUUUGGUAGGGGGCUCAACCCGUAUGCCAAUGGUGGAAACAUUGCUCGAAACAAAAUUCGGCCAGAAAAAAAUUAACAAAACAGUCAAUCCGGAUGAAGUAGUGGCUGUUGGAGCUGCUAUUCAGGGUGCCGUGUUAGCCGGGGACUUUGGUCGCGACAUUGUGCUUUCAGACGUUACUUCCUUGUCUUUGGGUAUUGCCGUUCAAGGAGCCCGCGGGGAAGGAGAAGUUAACGAUAUAAUUAUCCCGCGAAAUACUACUAUCCCAACUUCGGCUACUCGAAUUUACUCCACGGCCGAGGAUAAUCAACCAAGCGUUCAUAUUCGACCCCUCCAAGGUGAGAGACCUCGUGCCGUAGACAAUAAAGUAUUGGGUAGUUUUGAAUUAAGCGGUAUUGAACCCGCUCCGCGUGGCGUUCCCCAAAUUGAAGUCGCCUUUAAUAUUGACGCCAACGGAAUAGUUAAUGUGACCGCUCAAGACAAGAAAACCGGCAAAAAAGCUGAAAUUACUAUUCGAGACAGCCAAAAUUUAAGCGAAGCUGAAAUUCAAAGAAUGUCCAAUACUGAAUUACUUAACAAAGGAGAAACUUAUUGUUACACUUUCGAAAAACAAGUCGAAGAGUUUAAAAAACAUAAGAAUUUUCGAGAAGACGAUGCUUCCUUCCAACGUUUUCAAGAAUUAUUAAGCGCUCUCAAAAAAGCCGUGGAAGAAAAAAAUUAUCCGGAAUUGCAAAAGCAACUUAAACAAGUCGAAGAAUUAAUGAAAUUAGCCAACGAGUUAAGUCAAAAAAUGCCUAAACAAGCCGAAGGGGAGAAAAAAGAAGAAGAAGUUUAUUAUGUUCUUAAUGAGCCGACAGUUGCCGACAAAGUUUACGAUCAAUAUUUUCACGAGUUAGAGCAAUUAGAACGAGAAAAUAAUUUUACUUUUCCGGAUUCUCCUACGCAAAAAAUAGGUUUUCUGGGCGGAAAAAAACUUCGCUUAGUGACACGACCUAAUCCCAUGCUAAGUUUGGAUAGCGUGGAUAAUUACGAGGAUUUAUUGCGUUUUGACGAAAGAGUGAAAAAAAUAUUAAAAACCGAGGCUGAAAUUGAAUAUGUUUGUGAGUGGAAAAUUGACGGGUUAUCAGUUAGUUUGCUUUAUCGGAACUCAGAGUUAACCCAAAUCAGCACUCGGGGAAACGGAAUGGUGGGCGAAGACGUCACUUUUAAUAAAGAAUUAUUAAAAAAUGUUCCUUUUUCUUUAUCCCAAGUUAACGAGUGCGAAGUGCGGGGUGAAAUUUGCAUGAAAAAAGCCGAGUUUUUUCGUCUUAACCAAGAACUACAAAAAAACCAUGGUAAACUGCUAGCCAAUCCUCGGAACGCAGCCUCGGGCAGCCUCCGCACUCUACUUCCUUUACAAAACAGGAACUUACAUUUCUUUGCUUAUCAACUGUUUAACGACAACUUACCAAAUCAAUUGUCUUGUUUACAACAACUAGAAAAAUUAGGAUUUGCUGUUAGCCCGGAUUAUCAUCGGUGUCAAAAUAUUCACGAAGUCGCCAAAUUUAUUACCUCCCAGCAAAAAAAACGAGAAGCCUUAGAUUUUGAAAGUGAUGGAGUAGUGGUUAAGGUCAAUGAUUAUAAAUACUAUGAAAAACUAGGACAAACCAGCCGUUUUCCUCUGAGCCGCAGCGGACGUAUAACUUAUGUGGCAGAAAUAACGCCGGUUAAUCUCCGCGGAAGUCAAAUUAACAAAGCCACUUUACAUAAUUACGCUUUUAUUCGUAAUCUCGCUUUAAAUAUUGGCGACGAAGUAGUAAUCAAAAAAGCCGGGGAUGUUAUUCCCCAAGUUAGUCAAGUUAAUUGCCCGCAAAAAGUUAUUAAUUUUCUUACGCAUUUUGCCUCCAAAAUUGGUUUAGAUAUUAAAGGGGUUAGCGAAAAAAUUAUCGCUAAAUUAUACCAAAAAAACCUGCUGCAAAAACCGACCGAUUUUUACCAACUAAAAAAUAAGGAACCAGAGUUAUUACAACUAGAAGGGUUUCAGAAAAAAAUGUUAAGCAAUAUUUUUCGUGCUGUUGAAAACUCUAAAAAAAAACCCUUAGCCAGUUUGUUAACUGCUCUGGGUAUUCCUCUGCUUAGUUCAGUCAAAGCCCAAAAGUUAACUA